CUGUGACCGCCCAAGGAAAUGGUUGGUUACCAGAGCAAAUUGUUAAUCGUCAAGCCCAAUUAGAUGCUACUCUCUACGACCCUUUAACUACUACCAGAAUAUUUUUCACGGACCGGGGAAUUACGGAACUGGCGGCUAAACUCCAAUGGAUAUAUACUGGUCUAACUCCCCAGCAAGCGAUUACGGCUUAUGAAAACCAAGGUUGGAAUACAAUUAAUAACCAAGACUUAGAAAUUAAUCUCCUUACUCAUGCCCGCGGCGAUUUAGCGGCGGCCGAGACGCUUUUCCAAGUGAUUAAUGAUGCUCCCGACUCCGGGACGCUAAUGAGCCAAAAUCCGGGCGGAAUUGACCGUCGAAUUAACCACUUUAAUGUGGCCGACGAAAACUUACCCGAAGGAGCUCGCAAAGCAGAUAUAAUUAGACAUCGCAACCGCCGAGCCCGUGAACUUAAUGAUGACACUUUUGGUAAUUUUGAAGUCGUGGACGAAAACACGGCUAAUUACACUUCUUAUCAAAUAACUACGGAAAACCUUGAUCCUAAUUCUCACGCCCGGGAACUCCUGGAUAGAGUUCAUCAAAUUUUAGCGGACAUUAAUACUAAAACGGUUGACAAUAUUAAUGAUUUAGCCGACGGCAGCCAACACCCUAUUUUUGCUCGUAUUGAAGCCCUUACUCCCGCCGACAACGCUAAAUUACCAGUCAACCGCCAAAAAGCCGCUUUACACCAGGCAAGAAACGCCAAGCAUGACCAAAUAACCCGGAUCGAAGCCGAUUGA